GAAUAUUUCACGCGUUCUAGUUGCGUCGUCGUCUCCGGUGGAGGUCACAGUCGGUUCUGACGAAACCAGGGUGUCACUGGCUUGCUGUCAUGGCGAAAUUGUUUGAAACCAUUGGGAAGUUGGGAUUGGCCCUUGCAGUUGGUGGUGGUGUCGUGAACUCUGCCCUUUUUAAUGUUGACGCAGGGCAUCAAGCAGUGAUAUUUGACAGAUUCCGGGGUGUACAGGACAAUGUUGUUGGUGAAGGCACCCAUUUCCUCAUCCCCUGGGUCCAGAAACCUAUCAUCUUUGAUUGCCGCUCCCGUCCACGCAAUGUGCCUGUCAUUACAGGCAGUAAAGAUCUGCAGAAUGUAAACAUCACACUGCGUAUCCUCUUUCGGCCUAUGACUACCCAGCUCCCACGUAUCUUCACCAGCAUUGGAGAGGAUUAUGAUGAGAGAGUGCUACCAUCGAUCACCACUGAAGUCCUAAAGUCUGUGGUGGCUCGAUUUGAUGCUGGUGAGCUCAUCACCCAGAGAGAGCUGGUGUCUCGGCAGGUCAGUGAGGACCUAACAGAAAGAGCAUCCACCUUUGGCCUCAUCUUGGAUGAUGUUUCUCUGACGCACUUGACCUUUGGCAAAGAAUUCACAGAGGCUGUUGAAAUGAAGCAGGUGGCCCAGCAGGAAGCGGAGAGGGCUCGCUUUGUGGUAGAAAAGGCAGAGCAGCAGAAGCAGGCUGCCAUCAUCUCAGCAGAGGGAGACUCCCAGGCUGCCUUGCUUAUUGCAAACUCCUUGGCGGAGGCUGGAGAUGGUCUGGUGGAGCUACGUAAGCUGGAGGCUGCGGAGGACAUCGCUUUCCAACUUUCUCGCUCCCGCAAUGUCACUUACCUGCCCUCGGGUCAGGGUACUUUGCUCCAGUUGCCCCAGUGAGCACAUCAACCAGUUAACCACCCUGGGUCUUUAUAGAGGGUUGUUACAGGAUUUAGCAAGGACUCUCUCAACUUCAUACACACUGCUCUUGCUCCUUCUCAAACCAACAGUUGACUAGACUGCUGAUGUCACUGCAACACUGCAGAAGGGGCAAGUGCCAUGAAGGAUAAAGCUAGAGUUCUCUGUGUAGAGAAGUGGAGGGAGUUAAUUAAUCCAUUUAUGGUAACCUUCAUAUAGUUCUUUGUCAGAAACAAAAUUGUCAUUGCAGUAAAUUGUCCUGCUAAGUUUUUGCAGAUUGAAAGCACUGCAUGUAAUUAUUUGGGGAAGGCACACACUGAUCAUUUAGGGAUGCGGCGUUGGGAUGCUACAAAACACGAGAUGAUUGAUCACUCAUGAGAAAUUGUUGCUGGACUCUUCAGCCAGCAAAAAUACAUCAUCUAUAAAGAUUAUAAUUGGUUGUCCGUUGAACUUACUGUUUGGAAUACACUAAUGUCCCAAAUAUCAACUCGUCUGUCCUUCAGACAGAUGUACUUUCUUUGAGCUAUAUCUGGUGUUUGGCAAAGCAUCUUAAGUAAUCAUCCCCUGAAAUGUGUGUGUCUUAGAUGGCAGGGGAUGGUCCUGUUCUUUUCAGUUGCGAGACACUGUGGCUUAAUUUUGAAAGUUGUGUAAGCACUGCAUUCCGGAGUGGCUGAAUUUAACAAUAAAAUUCACGUUCUAUAUA